UUUAAUAAAUAUGCCAAGAGAAAAGGUUAUUAAGUACACUGACUUAGACGGAAAAAAUGCCCAGUUCGUCCUUGAGAAGAAGAUCGGAGCUGGAGUUUUUGGAGAAGUCUUCAUUGCAUAUCUUGGAGACUGUGAUGCAGAACUGAAGAAGAAACUUCCCCAAGUCUUUGCUUGCAAGAGAGUCAAGCUUCAGUAUCCUGAGGAAUACGAAGAAAUGAAGGAAAGAGAGGUCAAACUCAGUAACACAGUUAAGAGUAGUCACAAUAUCUAUCUUUACUGUGCAGUCAAGGUUGACCAAGUUGUAUACUUCUUUUUCCACUUCUAUAAUGGAGGUAUGCUUACCUCUGUAGUCGAGGGGAAAGAAAAUAUCCCCGAGAAGCUUGCCGCACAGAUUUUGCACCAGGUUUUAAUUGGAUUAAUGGAACUUCAUGACAAGAAAUAUGUUCAUAGAGAUCUUAAGCCUGACAAUGUGCUGAUGCAUUUCCCAUGCAUGAUGCCAAAUAAAUCUCUUCAGUCAAGAUUCCAUGAAGUUUGGAACCACGAAAAGUUUAAUGUUUACUCGGUUGUAAUUGCUGAUUUGGGAAUGGGAAGAGAGGAAGGUCUUACCAUGACUGAAGGAGCAGGAACUCCCCUUUAUAGAGCCCCAGAGUGUGAAAGUGGAUAUUAUAACUCCAAAGCUGAUAUUCUUUCAGUUGGAAUUAUCUGCUACGAGCUUUUAUUUGGUGAACCUAUCUUCACCCAAGCUAAAGCAAGAAAUCUAGAAGGACUUAGAAAAUUAUGGACAAACACCACUUCAUACACAAAUGAACGUAAAAUUUCAUAUGAAGCCAUGCAAUUCCUUCAAUAUUCUCUUCAGGUUGAUUUCAGAAAUAGACUAACAGCCGACGAACUCUUCGAAACCGACUUCAUUCAGAAAGCUUACAGUGACGAAGAGUAUAGAUAUCCUCCAGAAGACAAAGAAUGGAAGCUAUACAUCAAUAAGCACAUCAUGCUAGAAUAAUUCUGAGGAAAUUUUG